AUGACUCAGACAGGUAUUCAACCUGAUGUGGUUACAUGUAAUACUCUUAUAGAUGGGCUAUGUAGAACUGGUGAAGUGGGUUCUGCUCUUAAGCUGAAAAACAUGAUGGGGAAAUGGAACUGCAGACCUAAUGUUGUUUUGUAUUGUGCGAUUAUAAAUGCACUUUGCAAAGGAGGUCGGUUCAAUGAAGCAAAGAGACUGCUUGAAGAGAUGGUUAGUAGAGGAAUCUCUGCGAAUUUAACAACUUAUAAUUCUAUGAUUCAUGGUCAUUGCCUACAUGGUCAACGGGAAGAAGCAAGGAAAUAUUUCGAUGAAAUGAUGUAUCGAAGGAUUUCACCGGAUACAGUAACUUUUAGUAUAUUAAUUGAUUCAAGUUGUAAAGAUGGGAUGACGGAAGAUGCUUGGGGGUUAUUUGAAUUGAAGGAGAAGAUAAACAUAAAACCCAAUCGGGUUACUUGUAAUUCCAUGAUCGGCGGUCUGUGUUUGACAGGUCGUCUAGAAGAAGCGAUUAAACUAUUUGACUCGAUGGUGGAAAGGAGCCUUGAUCCAGAUGACUACAGCUACAGUAUGUUAAUGGAUGAGUAUUGCAGGACUCGAUACGUCACAUGUAGCACGGUAUUGGAUGGGUACUGGAAGAACGGAAAAAUGGAGGAGGCAAUAGAAUUGUUUAAUGGCUUGCUCCGGGCUGGCAAGAUGUUAUCGGAAGCUGAAAAACUAGUCAUCGAAAUGGAAGAAAAGGGUUGUUUACCAAAUGCUAGAACAUGUAAUACCAUCGUUCGGGCAUUUCUUAUAGCUAAAGUGACCGGCAAAGCAUUGCAUUUUCUUCGCAAGAUGCGUGAAAAAGGAAUUUGUACCAAUUUACGCCAAAGAGCUGAAGCUUCUUCAACUACAGAAGUCGCAGAACUACUUCUCGACACGUUCCAUGUUAUAUCUAAGGUUGUUUAUUUACGGGUUGCCGAGUUUGAACGCGACUUUCUUGGUCAUGUAUUUCAGCAUCUUGUCGCGUGUAAGAAUCAUAUUUUACAAGGGGUUAAAGUAAUGAAUGAUGCAGUGUCUCAAAUCAUGGGCACAGUGACGCGAAUACUUGUUUUGAAAUCUAUGGAGGACUUUUGCAGGCAGUUAAGAAGAGUAACUGCCACUUACAAGAGAACUAAUACACCUGUACCUGUAAGGCAUACAACCUGUGUUUAUGAGCUUUUGCGUCCUUUGAAGGUGCUCCACCAUUGUCAGGUUUUUCUUGAGGGUAAACGAGCAAAGACAAGCUUAAGAUCAGAAGCCAUGAAAGACCUGCUCUAUAGAACCACAGGAGAUAUUACUCCCCAUUAUUACGAGCAUGUUUCAGAUGUUGAUAACGAGACGAAAAAAGGAGAGUCUCGGCUUCUAAAAUUUCGCCUGGAUGCACGAAGUGUCACUGACAAGAUCAGUUUUCAGUUGUUUCUUGACAUUCAGGAGUAUGGACGCGGCCUUGAAGACCUUGGUAUCAAUGCAGCCGAAAUCAAUCUGUACCGCUCCAUGUUGAUAGGUUUUGCUCCCGAUAUGCAUUCUCCAAUCUUCUCAUCCAAGCUCUUACCAACUUGA